UAAAGACUGCAAUGGUCUUGUCCCCUGCCUGUAGGCGUAGAAAGAAAUAACCAGUUUAGGUACAGUCAUUGUGACCACAGCGACUCACCCCUCCUUCAUACGAGAAAAGAGGAAUUGGCAGUCAGUCGAUCGUAGUGUAACCUGCAGUCCGUGCAUACUGUACAUGUGCUCCUUCGCUACUUACAUGUCAUUAAAUUGAAUUGGCCGCACAUAUUAAUUGCUGUGAAUCAGUCGGUACACAUCAAGGGAAAACAUACAACGCCACGGAUCUUAUGGUUUUUCUUUUCUAUGGGAUUUCCUUUUGACCUGAAGCCAAGUCGCAAAGGAGCGAGACACACAAUUCAUUCAGAAGAUAAUAAUAACUGCCUGUGCUGGGUGAGCCAGUUUUUGUACAGUCAAAAGCAAACGGACAUCCACUGAAUGGGGGAUUUCCUCUUGGCUCAAGAAGCAAGUCUAAAUAUAACGUUCUUGAAAUUUGAUUCAACCAUCUUCAGUGCUGACUGAAGUGGACAUAAGAAACACUCUACAAGACGUCAGAGAUGCCUGUGAAGUAAAGGUACCUCUGACUAGCAGUUGGUCCCCAUUUCAAUCACUGUUCAACGAGCUCAACCUGCCACCAUGCCCCGGAAGAGAGGGGGAGGGGUGCUAUGUGGCUGCUUUGGGGGAGGGGACGAUACCCCUCAUAUCACCUACGGGCUGGACAAUGGGAUGGUCCUACACCCCAUGGAGGCUGCUGACCCCAUGCCACCUCUGGAGGAAUUAAACGCCAUGUUUGUAGAGCUUGUGGAUGAGUUGGAUUUACCAGCACUCCACAGGGAGCGAAUGUUCAGUCUCUCUCCAGAGAAAAAAUGGCAGAUAUACUGCAGCAAGAAAAAGGAGCAAGACGAUCCAAACUCAACCAAAUGGCCAGACUAUUACUUGGAUCAGUUGAAGACAAUGAUGACGUUGGUGUUUGCUCAUGAUGAGGAUGAGAUAGCCGUGAGAACCAAUCUAGUGGACAGUCUCAAAACAGCCCUUCGGACACAACCCAUGAGGUUUGUGAUGCGGUUCAUUGAGCUGGAUGGGCUCUCCACACUGCUGGAAUUCCUGCAGACUAUGGACUUUUACAUGACAGAAAGUCCAAUUCACACGUCAGUCAUUGGCUGCAUCAAGGCCCUUAUGAAUAAUUCACAUGGCAGAGCCAAUGUGUUGGCCCACCCCACGGCCAUCAACGUCAUCACACAGAGUAUGAGCUGUGAAAACAUCAAGACCAAGAUCUCGGUCCUGGAGAUCCUUGGUGGGGUAUGUCUGGUACCCGGUGGUCACAGGAAGGUUCUGGAUGCCAUGUGCCAUUAUCAGCAGUACGCAUCGGAGAGAAUGAGGUUUCAGAGGUUAGUAAAUGACCUGGAUCGUAGCACAGGUCACUACAGAGAAGAGGUCAACCUAAAGACAGCCAUCUUGUCCUUUAUCAAUGCUGUCAUCAAGUAUGGAGCAGGAGAGGACAACUUGGAGUUCAGAAUUCAUCUUCGGUAUGAGUUCUUAAUGCUUGGUAUUCAACCAGUGAUAGACAAACUGCGAAGUCUGGAAAACGCUACUGUAGAUAGGCAUUUAGAUUUCUUUGAAUUAGUAAGGAACGAAGAUGAACGAGAGUUAGCUAAGAGGUUUGACAUGGUUCAUGUGGAUGUCAGAAGUGCAAAUAGUAUGUUUGACGUCAUCAAAAAGAAGAUUGCUCACACUCAGGCCUAUCCCCACUUCCUGUCUCUUCUACAACAUUUUCUACUCUUACCAAAUAAAGGAUGUAGCAUACACCACUGGUCGCUGGUAGACCGGCUAGUCCAACAAAUUGUCCUUCAGUAUGAAGAUGGCAACGAUCCAGACAUAGCGCCUUUUGAUAUCAACUUCAAGGAUGUGAUCGAGAAGGUCAUCAACCAAGAUGUCAUCAGGCAACAGAAGGCCGAAGAGAUGGAGAAAUUAUGUGAGGAAAUAAAAGCCCAGUUAGAGAGGAAAGAGAGGGAACUGGAUGCCAAAAACCAAGAAAAGAGAUCAGGACGUUGUAUCUCCCCACUACCUGUCGUCACCACAAUGGAGGAAGCAAUGGGAGCGCUGAAUGCGAUCCAAGAGAAAUACGACCAUCAAGCAGCUGAGCUGGCUAUAUCCAGCAGCCAGGGCCUGGAACUACAGGCACAGAUGGCUGAACUCAAAGCAAUGAUUGCAAGCGGCAAACUCGGAGCCACCAUAAGUCUCUCAGAUGAUGACAAGUUGAAAACGGAAGCCCUGAAAUCCCCAGUUUCCUGCUCGGUUGGUUCUGCACCUCCUCCUCCCCCAAUGGCACCAUUUGCUCCUCCACCACCCCCUGGUAUGGGACCACCCCCUCCUCCUCUACCCCCAGGCCAAGGAGGCCCACCACCCCCUCCAGGCAUGAUGGGCAUGGCCAAGAAGAAGAACAUCCCCAAGCCGUCCAAUCCUCUCAAAUCCUUCAACUGGUCUAAACUCCCUGACAUGCAGCUUCAAGGAACUAUAUGGACAGAGCUGGAUGACAUGAAGGUUUUAAAGAUUAUGGACCUGGCAGACUUUGACAAGACAUUUUCGGCCUACCAGAAAGUACGAGGAGAGGACGUCGACGGCGACACAGGCUUCAGCUUCAAGUCCAGUAAACCCAAGGAGUUGUCAGUGAUUGACGGCCGGCGGGCACAGAACUGUACCAUCUUACUGUCUAAGCUGAAGCUGACUAGUGCAGAGAUCACCAAGGCACUGUUGAGCAUGGACCAGGGUGAAGACAUCCCCAAGGAUAUGUUGGAACAGCUUUUGAAGUUCGUACCGACACAAGAGGAGGCUCUCUUACUGAAAGAGCAUGAGCGAGAGAUUGACAAAAUGGCCCGAGCUGAUCGAUUCCUCUACGACCUCAGCAAAAUCGUGCACUUUGAGCAGAGGAUGAAGUGUCUUUACUUCAAGAAGAAGUUCCAGGAGAGAAUGGGAGAAUGCAAACCAAAAGUAGAUGCCAUUCUAAGAGCCUCCAAGGAGCUGAGUACGAGUAAGAGAUUAAAGAAGAUCCUGGAGAUUGUCUUAGCGUUUGGUAACUACAUGAACCGAGGGGCAAGAGGGAAUGCCUCUGGCUUCAGAAUCUUAAGUCUCAACAAAAUCCUUGACACCAAGUCGAGUAUCCCUAAAUAUUCCACGCUUCUUCACUAUUUGUCUGCAGUAUUGGAGAAGAAGUUCCCCGAUGCCUUUAAACUUGAGGAAGAGACUGCAUCUAUCCGAGAAGCAUCCAAAGUCAACAUGGCUGAAUUAGCUAAGGACAUCGCUCUGAUUGGUGCAGGUCUAAAGGAAGUUGAAAAGGAACUUGACUUCCAGAAGAAUAGGCCAAACACAGACAGAGGCGACAAAUUUGUGUCUGUCAUGAGUGAUUUCAAGACAGUAGCCACGAUCAGCUUCUCCAAGCUCAGCGAUGUACACAGUCAAGCAAAGGAAAAGACGACCAAGAUCAUUAAGCAAUUUGGGGAGGACCCAACCAAGAUGAUGCCAGAGGAGUUUUACAGUACAUUUGACGUCUUCAUUCAAUCCUUCAUUGAAGCUAAGAUCGAUAAUGAGAACAUGAGGAAGAGGCAAGAAGAGGAAGAGAAGAGGGCUCGUAUUGAGGCUGAGAGAGCUGAUCGGGAUCGCAAGAGGAAAGCCAGUAAGAAGGAUGGCCAAAAUGGCCUGACCAGGCAAGGAGAAGGAGAGUUUGAUGACCUCAUCUCGGCGCUGAGGACAGGAGACAUGUUCGGCGAGGACAUGGCCAAGAUGAAGAGAAAUCGUAAACGACAGACCCAGUCCACCCAGAACUCUUCCAAUGGAAACAGUCGGCCAAAGAUGAGCGAAGUGAGCAGGGAACGCGUUGGCAAGCCCAAACCAGUAGCGCCUUCGUCAAAAAUGACAGCUAUAUAAAAAAGACUCCAUGCUAUCGGACAGAUUGCUAACUCAGAACCACAAUGCUUCAUGAUUGGAGGAAACUAAAAAGGCAAAUAUGUCUGCCGUUCAGAACAAGAGUGAUUGCCUUAAUGCAAUGUUCAUUGUCCUAUUCCAGUUGAGGCCAACGUCUGCAGUAUCAGCUGUAAUAAAGUACCAGUCUAACUUCAGUUCUUUUAACUCUGCACUUCUUAGCAACAAAUAUCUGCAAAAACAGCAAGUGUAUUUCCAACAAGCAACAGAAUCAAACUUCAGUGGAAGGGUUUCAGAUAUGUGUGUCAGCUGCAGUCAAUGUGAUGUUUGCCAGGUGUUUGCAGUGAUGCUGUCCCUAUUAAACAAAUAUUCACAUCAUCGUUGUAGGACUCCCCAUUUUUUCAACAAAAUCAAAUGUCCUUGACCUUGAAAAGUAUCCAAUGGGUUUAUCUAUUGCUUGACCUGAAUCAUACAGCUUAUCCAUCAGAAGAGGCUGCCUUCCCCCAUGUAAAAAUUUGUCAGAUUUGGGUAAUGCUCUCCCUGAUUGACCUCGGUAUAAACCUCUUCACUGACCUCACAUUUCUAUAGCAGUGUGGGAAAUCUUCAAUAAUGGACUAGUAUGCACAAGUACGGUAUGCCAUCCAUCAAAGCAUUUCCUAUGUGCAGUUUUAGUUACGUGCGUGCGCAUUAUGCGCGUGUAUGUAAGUACUCUAACAUGGCAAAUGAUAACACAGUGACACAUCUGAGAAGAAUGUUCAAUUGAGUAGUACCACGGAUGUACAUGUAUACUCCCAGACAGAUUGCCACGAUUAUAAACGACCCUCUAAAAAGUUCUCAACAUUAAAUCGGCUGAAAUCAAGUCUUGCAGUACAACUCUCUUUUUAAACACUUGGAUGUUCACUCAUAAUGAGUUGAUGUAAACACAUAAUUGCCCUUGAAGGCAAAGCUAAUUUUAUGGUUAAACUGAGGCAUUCCAGUUUUUGACUUUUCAUUGUAAAAUCUUAGCGUAUUAAAAUGAAAAUAAAAUCGUUUUGAAGAUGUUUUUUUAGAUGUUAAAUUUACCAAAUCUAGAAAAGCCCCAAAGUAUGAAGUAUAUAUGUAUUCAAGUAGAAGCGAAUUGGGGUAACAUUGACUAGUUUCAGACCCUGGACCUCAUUCAUAUCAACUUGUAAAAUUAUUUCCACUGCCGUUCAAGGUAUAUUCCCUGACCAAACCAGCUUCCAUAAUGGAAACUAUGACUGUUAUUUUGCACCCUACUGCUAGUUUUAUAACUCCCAAUGUAAUUAUAGUAAAGUAAUUUCAUGCGCCAGUAUUUUAUUUCAAUUUGUACAAAUUUGAUUUCACAGCCUUUUCCUGAACUCCUUUUUUUUUAACCAACUCAAUUCAUGUUAGAUACAAAAGUGGCAAACUGCUGAAGAAUUUAAUUUGUACAAAAUGUAAAUACCACUUCAGUUUGUUAAUAAGCCCUGUUUUAAAAUCCUUUUUCAAUCUUAAAAAACCUAAGAAGACAUUCAGUUAAAUGAGUUUCAUUGCCACUGUAUUUAAAGCAUAUUUUUGGUUCUGCAGUUUUUCGUUGGUAGGUUUGCUUUGGUUGGUUAGCGUAAGUUCAUAAAACAGGGUUCCACUAAACAAUUUAAAGACGUGUAUCGUCUUAGCUUCUGGAUGUGAAAUAUGCUUUGUUCACCAAGUAGCACACGAUUGUGACUCAAGGAACCAAUUAUGUUCACUGUUGAUUACUUCAAAGACUGAUUCUGUUUUAAUAACAAAUGUACUUGUCUGGGUCAUUACAUCUUAGUAUUUCAGCUUUUGGAUGGAAAAUGUUCACUUUUAUUUUUCUUUGCUUUGAUCAUUUACUGAAGGUUUCUGUGAAAUCUUAUCUACAAAGGUUACUUUAGUUGACUCUUGUCUUUAUACGGACUGAUGGAUAUGAACGAUUGACCUCAAUGUCAUGUAUAUUUGACCUCAAAGUCAUGUACAGUUGACCUAGAAGUUACAUAAUGUAACCUUGAGGUCACAAUUUGACUUUUUUGUUACUACGACCUUUCGAAGUGUGAAGCCCAGUUCAUGAGAAGCAGAACAAGUUGUAAAUUGUUUUAAUAUAAAAUAUAAAAAAAUAAGAAAGCCAUAAAAAUGCAAGCUUCUCUUUUAUGCAAAAUAUCUUUUGUGUAAAACGAUUUCAUGCUAUAAUUGUACAUAAGUUAUUUUUGGUGGAGACUUUUUUUGUUAAGAAUUAACAGAAACUCUGCAAGAGUGGAUUUCAUAACUAAUUUUGAAAUCUGAGAAAAAAAGUCCAAGAGUUUGCACGUUUAAGGAAGACAUGCCUGCAAUGCUGUAUAGAAUAUUGAAAAGAGAACUUAUUGAAUAUGUGGUAUUGAUUAUGACAAAUUGAUCAUCCCGAUCAUGCAUUGAUCAUGCAUUGAUCGGUGUGAUCAGCUUAUGAUGAUGUAUUAACAGUGUUUAUCUAACAGCGUACAGUAAAGAUUAUAGCUGCAAUGUGGUCAAUAGUGUAUGUACAUGAUGUUGUAGCAAGUGAAGUAUUUGUGCAUGUGUUGUCUUUUCUUUUUUCCCUUUUGUGUUUCUAAUUUAUUAUACUUUGUUUUAAAGGUAAAAGUAUGGGUAAAUUCAUACAACAGAGUUGUAAGCAUUUUUGUUAAAGUCACCUCGUUUGUCUAUUGACAGUGUAAACAAAUUGUCAACAUUUUCAUAGCAUGACGCAAAGAUUCUUGCAAAUCAGUCUUGGUUCCAGUUAUGGGGGUCCAGUUGCUUUUUACGUCCCUAUAGAUUUGAUGUUUACACUUGUGCUGACUAAAUGGAAACUUCUCCAGAUAUUUAUCGUAAACAUGACUGAUUGUUAUUUUAUUUUUGUCUUCAUAUCAUUCCAAAACGUAAAAUGUAAAACAACCUAAAAAAAAAAGUAACACAUUUUUUAAACAAGCAAAGAUUGAAUUUACAAUAUACUUAUGAUGCUUUUGUAAUUUCUUUGUAACAAUCGAGAUUAUUCCAGUCUUGCCUUCAAAACAAAGUAUAGUAAAUAAUUGGAACUAUGAAUGUCUUCUUUCUUUCUUUUCCCCCUAAUGAGGGUUGAGAUUGUUUUGACUAUUAAGAAUUGCUUUGACUAUUAAGAGAUGUAUAAAUUUAAUUUGUAUGCCAACAUUAAUAUUAAUUUCAUCAACAGUUUUGUGACAGUCAUCUGUCACUUUUAAGGGUUGUUUGGUGUAAAACAAGAAUGCUCAGAAAUCACACACAGGUACAAAUAUAUUUAUGGUAUUUUUGUUAUGUUGUAUAGUAUAAGAAUCAGAAUAUUUGCUCUGAGAUAAAAAAAAAAUCCCCUGAAAAAACGAAGGGAAGAUACAUUUUUCUUUUUCAGCUGAUUCAUCCAUUGAAUUCCUUGGUGUUUUUUUUUUCAUCUUAUCAGUGCCAUUGAAAAUGUUAAAACACAGAAGGCCUGCAUAGUCUUGUUGUGACUCUGCACUUUCCUUGUUUUGAUUGACAAACUGCAGUUGCAUGCCUGAAGGAAAAAUGAAGAAAAAGCAACUUCUAAAGGAAGUCAAUUGUUGUAUUUAAGGAAAACAAAGAACCUUUUAAAGGAUUAACAAAAUGUUUCAGUUUCUGCGUUGGGUACAUACUGCCAUCAAAUUUGCAUCAAAAAUAAUUGAAGCAACCCCAGAUGUCUGUAUUCUUAAGUUUGGGUGUAUUUAAAUGUACAAAAUUGUUUUAUGCUUUCUAUGUAAAGAACAAACAUAUUGUUACAAAACAAAGUUUCUGAUUUAUUUGAUAUAUUUUUGUCUUUUUCAUUUUUUGUUGACAAUUUUGUUGAAUAUAAUUGCUAUAUUAUAGUAAGAUACUAUUAAAUAUUGAGUGUGUAUACUUUCUUCUCUCUGUUCAUUUUGCAAAGGAAAUAGUUUCCUGAUUCUUGUUAAAAACAGAACUAGUUAAAAAAAUAACUUCUCAAUUCUCAACUACAUAUUUCGCUGAUUCAGGUUUAUUUUUCCUUCGUCUAAAUAUAAAGUUUAAUUCUGGCGCUCCAUAGACAGCUCCUCUGUUCAUUUUCCCAUCUUUUUGUUGAUGUAUGCGUGUCUUUUGUACAAACAUUAAUUAAGUUAUUUGACAACUGCUUAUGUAUGUCAUGUUUGUAUCAAAAAUGUUUAACUAAUAAAGUAUUAACCAGUCAAUGGUAUUCCUACAGAAUUUUGAAA